GUAUCCGUUGGACGGCUGGCCGCUAGAAUAUAGUCUGCCGUGGAUCGUCGGACCGUUCAGUCUUUUUGUGUCGUUCAGUAUCAUCCGAUUCGUGUGAUCGACAGCACAGCCGAAUUUUUUUUCUUUUUUUUCUAAUUCCUUGAAGUAACCAAAAACACAAAUCAAAAUGGCUGAUGAUGAGAAAAAGGCAGCAGCUCCGGCCGCGGCUCCAGCGGCGGCGGCCAAACCGGCGGCUCCGGCAGCAGCCCCGGCGGCCAAUGGCAAGGCUGCUCCGGCGGCCAAUGGAAAGGCUGCUCCGGCAGCCGCCGCCGCUCCCGCCGGUCCGCCCAAGGAUCCCAACGACCCCAAAGUGAAGGCCGAGGAGGCUAAGAAGGCUAAACAGGCUGAGAUCGAGCGCAAGCGUGCUGAGGUGCGCAAGCGCAUGGAGGAAGCCUCCAAGGCCAAGAAGGCCAAGAAGGGUUUCAUGACCCCAGAGAGGAAGAAGAAACUCAGGUUGCUGCUGCGUAAGAAAGCCGCUGAGGAGCUGAAGAAAGAACAGGAACGCAAAGCGGCUGAACGUAGACGCAUCAUCGAAGAACGUUGCGGCAGUCCCAGGAAUCUCAGCGAUGCCAGCGAAGGCGAAUUGCAAGAGAUUUGCGAAGAGUAUUACGAGCGUAUGUAUAUUUGUGAAGGCCAGAAAUGGGAUCUGGAAUACGAAGUCAGGAAAAAAGACUGGGAGAUCAACGAUCUCAAUGCCCAAGUUAACGAUCUUCGCGGCAAGUUCGUCAAGCCAGCCCUGAAGAAGGUCUCCAAAUACGAAAACAAAUUCGCCAAGCUGCAGAAGAAGGCCGCUGAGUUCAACUUCCGCAACCAGCUCAAGGUGGUGAAGAAGAAGGAGUUCACGCUGGAGGAGGAGGAGAAGGAGAAGAAACCCGACUGGUCCAAGGGCAAGCCCGGAGAUGCCAAGGUGAAGGAGGAGGUUGAGGCCGAAGCUUAAGUGUCCACACGUCCACUAGUGUCCACUGACCCGUGACUCCCGCCCUAAACAAUAAUUGAAAUUAUUUACAACAAUUAUCUGAAGCAAUACAAUUUAUAUGAAUCUAUUAAUAUAUAUAUAUCCGCAAAUAUAUAUGCAUGUAUAUAUCUCGCCAUAUAUAUGUGUCCACAAUGGAUUUGAUCAGAAAUGAAGUCAAUAAACAACAACAGCAACAACUAAA